AUGGAGGGACUCGGCGAUGAAUCAACCCUUCUGCUUGCUACUACAUUUGCCUCACUGAACCUGGAGAAUGUCAUUUUUAUUUGUACUGUUGCCAUGUUGACUGUGACUUCAUUCUUCUACUGCUUACCCGAAGAAAACCAUUCGGUUACAUACUUGGCAGAGGACCCGAUCGAAAAACGUACAAGCGUUGAGGUUAUGUGGUCGAAGGGGCAAAAAAUACCUAAAAUUCCUAGUGCAAUAUUGCACCUGGAGGAGAGGGUAAGUUCCAAGAAAAAAGCCAGUUUUGAAGACUACACGCCUUUUGUAGUAUCUUUUGGACCUUACUACCAUGGCAAACACGAGCUUGAUCAAGCGGAGUCUAUUAAGCACCAAAUUUUUGAUAUUUUUGUUUCCGAAAGUCAGGAAUCUAAAGAUUUCUUCCUCGAAAUGUUUGAGGUAGUGGGUAAGGAAGUGAGAAGUUUGUAUUUGUGGGAAUAUACUGCAGGUUAUAGUGACAAAGAAUUGGCUGAAAUGAUGCUCCUCGAUGCUUGUUUCAUCAUCGCUGUAUAUUCCAAUGUUGCAUCUAAUCUGUCUCAGUAUGUUAUUAAACUUCUUGGCAAUGUAAUGUUCACUUUGGCUCAGCGCGAUGUACUUUUGCUUGAGAAUCAAAUCCCUUUUGAGCUUGUCAAGAAGCUAUUAAUUUCAGGACGUAGCAUGGCUUAUGCCAACUAUUGGAUUCGCUUUUUUAUAUGCAAGGCAAUAAAUGUGAAUUUCGAUAUGAUUACAGGAGACAUUCAUGAUGAUGCAGAUCAACCACCUUUUCUUCUUGAAGCUCUCCGGAGAGCAGUUAUUUCCGGACACUGGAGCAAAGUUUUCCUAAUCACGAUUAACAAACACCAUGCCGAGCUAAGUUAUCCAAACCGUAUGGAGGACGAUGAUACUUGUUCUCCUAUUAUUGAUCAUAAAAUCGAACUAGGCAACCAAGUUAAGAAAUAUAGCUAUUCCUUUCAUUCAGUCAUAGAUCUCAAGGCGAAGGGCAUCUCUUUCAGGCCUAGCCAUAGUGACUUAUUGGGUGAUAUCAAAUUCACUUCAUUUUGCUUCCACGGCAGGCUUGAAUUGCCAACUUUCGUUGCUUCAAUCAAGUCACGGGUUUGGUUAAAGAACGCGAUAGCUUAUGAAUUGUGCCCAGACUCAAAUACUCAAUUACAAUUGACAUCUUAUAUAAAAUUUAUGAAAUCAAUCAUCAGUGAUUCAAAAGAUGUGCAGGAACUUCGAGACCAACGAAUACUAAUCAACCAACUCAACAAUGAUGAUGAAGUGGUAGAAUUAUUCAAGGAGAUCAACAUUUGCAGUUUGGACGACGAUCUGUUUGAUUUCAAGGUCAAAGAACAAAUCCAGAAGCACUAUAAUAGUAAGGCCAAGACAUGGAUGGCUGAACUAAUUGGCACUCACUUUUAG